UAUCUUCCUAUGAAAAUUAACAAAGUAGUCGAUAUCGUUUUUUUGCAUGCAACUUAAUAUCCAAAGUAGUCGGUUCGAUUUUUUAUUUUGAUUUAUAACUGAUACAAACGAAUUUAAUACCCUGGUUUAUGAAUGUACAAGUUCUAUUUAACACUAUUGACAUUAAAAUUGUGAUUUUCGUUUUAACUUGGCGAUUUUUAGUUUGUGGUGUUUUUUUCAGCUAACUCAUAAAUGUUACUAAGAAGGUUAUUAUACAAUGACGACAUGGAUCUGUUGCCUCACCCAAUUAUAUUCUCUCUAACUCUACUCUAUUUCUUUGAAGCAAUGACAAAUACAACAGUUUUCAGCUAUCUUCCACAACUUGUAAAAUCAUUUGGAGCAUCUGAAGUUGAAGCUGGUGAAGAUGCAGGUUGGAUUGGAGCGUCUAUAUUCAUUGCAAGAGUUAUGAGUGGUUUGGUAUGGGGGUACAUUGGAGAUAAAUUUAAUCAAAAAAAAACGUUACUUGUUUCAUCUUUUGGAUUGAUUAUUUCGACUAUUUUGUUUGGUUUAAGUCGCUCGUAUUUUUGGGCUUUAAUAACAAGAUUCAUGCAAGGUGUAUUUACUGGUAUUGGUCCAAUUUCAAAAACCAUUGUAUCUGAACACGCCAACGAAACUAAUAUGGGUCUUGCAUUUUCAAUAUUUUAUGCAGCUUAUAACAUUGGAUUAAUUGUUGGUCCAAGUUUAUCAGGGUUUCUAGUUUUCCCGGAUAUUCAGCAUCCAACUAUAUUUAAUAAAGAUGAUUUUUUCAGCAAGUAUGGAAUUCUUUUACCAAAUCUAAUCAUUGCAUUUGGUCUCCUAAUUUCUAAUGCAUUAGUUAUGUGGGUUCUUCCUUAUUCAAGUAGGAAGUUCAAUCCAGAAAGAUUACUAAUAGUUUCUAAUGAAAACUGUUGUGAUCAUGUACUAGAUCAGUAUUCAAAUAUAUCAGUUGAUCUUAGUUAUGAAACAUCAUCAUCAGUACAAAUUUUAAAUUCACGAAAGAUAACACCAUCAGAGACUUCAAAAUUGAUUAAGAAUGACAAAAUAAGUUACUACUCAAGAUUAAAAAAAAUAAUUUACAACUCGAACUUUGGCCAAGUAUUCACAUCAAAACUAAGUGUUUUAAGUUUACUGUUGUAUGGUGUGUUUUGUAUUGUUGGAGUAGGCUAUUUGGAGGUUUUCCCAAUAUUUGCUGCAACUUCAAAACAUUUUGAUGGUCUGGGAAUGACUACACAGGAUAUCGGGCUCUUGAUGCUCUUGUACAAUAUUCUCGCAAUUCUAGGAAUGUUUCUUAUAAUACCAAAGAUAUUGCAUAAACUCGGCGCCAAAAAGUCGUUCAUCUACUGGAUCAUUGGCUUUGGUUCUAUUACCCCAUUUAUACCUGCUGUUGCAAUGAUUACACACAAGGAAGUUCAAUGGUUUGUUCUCAUAAUAUGUCAAGCUGUAAUUGAAUCUAUUAAUAGUGGUUGUUUUGUGUCUGUCAAUCUUUUUCUGACUAAUUCUAUAAAACCUGAAUUUCAAGGAACAAUUAAUGGUUUUGGAACUUCUAUAUCCUCGAUUGGAAGGGCAACAGGAACUGCGUGUUUUGGCAGUACAUUUUCUUGGUCUUUAUCAAACAUGAAAAACAAUAAACUUGGUUUUCCGUUUAACCAGUUUUUUGUUUUUCUUCUUGUAACACUAGUUUGCUUUCUCAAUGCAGCUUACGUUCAUUUAUUGAUUCCAAAGUCAUUAGAUAAAUAUUCUCAUCAAUCGUCCGAAAAAGAAGUUGUUGUGUAUGUUAAAGAUUAUCUUUAUCUUUGAGAAAAACGUGUUGGAGUACCUGUGAAAAAAGCAAGACUUGGAAUAUAAAUAUUAAAAUUUUAAAUCAGCUUAUAUAUAUAUAUAUAU